GGAAGCGUGCAGGCGAUGCUGGCAAUAAAGGCACUGAAUAAUUAUAACGUUGAAAUAUCAUGAACUGAUUCAAAAUUUGUGAUUUUAAUUCAGAAAAAAAAACUGGAUGCAAUUGAAGGAAGGACUGAUUGUAAAAGGGGCAGUGACUGAUCGUACUAUCUGCAGCUGUUAACAUGUCAAGUACCUCACCCGGAAGGCAGAAACGCAAGGAGGAAAUUCAGAAAGGCCUACAUUUUAUUCAAUCUCCCUUGCCUUAUCCAGGAAGUCAAGAUGAAUAUGAGACGUUUCUACACCAGCUGGUUAAAAACUUGCUGGAGGAAGGUAACGGGCUGUACAGAGAAAAUGAUUAUAAACUGGCCCUGGCCCAGUACAUAGAAGCCUUGAACGUAGCACAGUAUGCAGAAUCAGAUGAGGUGGUAAUCUCGCAGCGUCUGCUCGAGAAACUGUACGUUAAUCGAGCUGCCUGCUACUUCAGUAUGGGUGUGUACGAGAAGGCUUUGGAAGACUGUGAGAGCACACUAAAGCUCAAUGAAACUAACUACCGGGCACUUUAUCGGAAAACACAAGCACUCAAUGCGCUAGGAAGGCAUAAAGAAGCUUAUGAAUGCAUUGCCAAAUGCUCCUUUGCUGUUCCACAGGAUGAAAAUGUUGUGAAAUUGACGCAAGAACUGGCACAGAAGCUGGGGCUGAGGAUCCGUAAAGCAUAUAUCAGAGCUCAGCAAGACAUGGAUACAGUGGGUCUGAUAGAGAUUGGCCAUUCAGUGAACAGUGGUCAGGUCUCCAUAAAUGGUACAAGUGGCAUUGAUGAUAUAGAAUCAGGUUCACCUUUGGAGCUUCCACAUCUCCCUGUUCCAGCCACUAUUCCUGCACCUGUCAGUGAAGUUUCAGUCCCCAUUACGUCAGUUCCUGUUAGCAUCCAGCAAUCACAGACCCAUCCUGCUCUGCUGAAACCCCCUGUUGGUGAUGGGGUCUCUCUCUCAGUGCCCGAAACGACAGAGGAAUUUCCAGAUGAGGAGAUCAUUGGAGAAGAACUGGACACGUUGUUGGAUUCUAUUGGGGAGACAAGUGAUUUUCCCAUGGGCGACCCCCAUAUCCGUGGAAUCGUUAUCCGCGAUUUCACUUACCCACGGUUUACCACAGCUGGAACAUAUAAAAGAGAACAUUCUGGAACCAGGGACCAGGAGGCUACCAAGAAGACCUCUGUGGCUGGAACUAUUCCAACAAACCUACCCAAUGACAUGCCACGGUUACUCCCCAUCUUUCGCACCGGUAGCCCAGUCCUCCCAUCUGCCGUGAAGGGGAGCAUGGGCCAAAAGGUUUCACUCCCAUCGGCCUAUCCCAUGCUUUCUGUCCAGAAGAUGGACUCCCUGGACAGCAUUGUUCCGAGCACAAUUGUAAAUAGUUUGGAUUCUUUGGACCUACUCCCUGCGACGGAAUCUCGGCCUGCUUCAAGACCAAUGACACCAAACAGCAAUCAAAGCACCUCAAGCAGCUUUGCAUUGGGUAAGCAAUCCAACAGCCUGUCCUCCUUGAGCAGUUCCUCAACUUACCUCGGACUUGUGCGAGGAGACAAUGGGUUGUCCCUGUCAUCAUCAUCACCACUGACAAAGAACCCACUCAGUGACACACAUGACCUGCGCCAGGCUUGCAACAGCUGCUUCAUUAAAAUAGGCAUUAAAGCAUUAGAUUAUAAUUAUAACCCUGACCUGGAUCACAAGUGUAAGAAGGAUAUAUUGAUUGGAAGAUUGAAAAGUUCAGCGGAUACACGGUGGAAGAAAAUCAGGCCUCGGCCUACCAAGAAUAAUUAUGGGGGACCGUAUUACAUUUGUAAAGAUAUUGCAAGUAAAGAAGAUUGCAAAUACGGGGACCAGUGUACAUUUGCUUAUUGCCAGGAGGAGAUAGAUGUUUGGACUUUGGAGCGUAAAGGAGCCAUAAACCGUGAGCUGCUCUUUGAUCCCCUGGGGGGUGACACAAGAGGUGGCCUCACAGUAGCUAAACUGCUGAAGGAACAUCUUGGCUGCUUCAUGUUCCUUUGUGAGGAAUGUUUCGACAGUAAGCCCAGGUUAAUAAGCAAGAAGGCUAAGGAUGGCACAUCACUCUGCUCUAAUCCAGACGCAAAGCACAACUUCGAAGAUAAUAAGUGCUUGGUCCACAUGCUGUGUGGCACAACCGUUAAGUACUCCAAGAUCCGGCAGUACCAGGAUCACUGCCAGUUUGAUGUGUGCCGGCACGAAGUACGUUAUGGGUGCCUACGGGAGGACAGCUGUAACUUCGCUCACAGUCUCAUUGAGCUCAAGGUCUGGGUGAUGCAACAGUGUUCAGAGAUUACACACGAAGAGAUUGUACGGGAGUCUGCGCAGCACUGCCUGAAUGUGGAAACCAGUGCAAAUCGAGCCCAGGUGCCAUCUGGAUCUGGCAAGGUAGCCUCGCUGGGCAUGACGAUGAAAUUUGUUUGUAGCCAGUGUUGGAGAAAUGGGCAGGUCGUUGAACCAGACAAGAGCCUCAAGUACUGCAGUGCCAAAAUACGACACGGAUGGACCAAGGAGCGGCGGGUAAUGUUGGUGAUGUCAAGUGAGCGGAAGAAGUGGGUUGCUAUCCGCCCAUUGCCUUCCUGCAGGAACAUCCCACAACAGUAUGACUUGUGUACACAUGUUGCAAAGGGGAAAAAGUGCCAAUAUGUUGGAAACUGCUCAUUUGCCCACAGUCUUGAGGAGCUUGAUGCCUGGACAUACAUGAAGGAAACUAAAAUGUAUGACAUGCAGCAAGUGUAUGAGAUGUGGCUGAAGAACCAGAAGCCAAUGAUGACUGGGGAGCCCACUGAACUCAACACUAAGCAGAGCGAGAAGCAGAUCCACAUGCCCACCGACUACGCUGAUGUGGGGCAAAUUGGCUACCACUGCUGGCUUUGUGGGAAAAAUAGCAACAGUGAGAAGCAGUGGGCAAAACACAUCACAUCCGAAAAGCACAAAGACAAGGUGUUCAACUCUGAGGAUGAUCAGAACUGCUGGCAACAUCGUUUCCCUAUGGGAGAGUUCAAACUGUGUGAGAGACAAAAGAAGAAAUCCUGUCCUGAUGGUGAUAAAUGCCGUUUUGCCCACAGCCAGGCCGAGCUGGAAGAGUGGAUUGAACGCAAGGAGUUAAUGAAAUUGAAAUUUGCCAAAGCCAGAAAGGACAUGCUGAUUGCACCCAAUGACAGUGAUUUUGGCAAAUACAGUUUUUUGAUGAAGGACUUAAAUUAACAGAUAAGACCGGUUCACUUUAAUUGUUGCUACAACCCUUUUAAAUUCUAAAGAGAAGAAAAUUGCUUUCGGUUAAAUGAUGGGUACAAUCAUGAACCGUGACCUCAUUACACCGAGGUAAUCCCUCUUGCCUUGUGUGCUGCGUUUUUCUCUCGUGUUUAAAUGCAGCUGUAACAAAGGCAGGCACAGCUUUAAAUCGAGACAGAAAAGAAAAGUGCUCACAGCUGUUACAGAUGUGUUGGAUCUUGCUGGGGUUAGGCAGGGUGAGAGACGAGGGUUUGGGGAUCUGUGUACAGUGACAGAUUGGCUUACGAACCCACAUUACUUUAGACCCAUAGGGAUGGCUUCAUGUGUUUAUAUGAGGCAGAGCUGAGCCAUAGUGAUGAGAAACUCAAGAGGAUAAGUGCACUGUGUUAGCUGAGGGCAGAUGGUGUGACAGAAUAGUGAAAGGAACUCAAAUGGUAUGAAGGACAGAGACCAGGAUUUCUACUGAUGGAUGACUUCCAAUAUUUAGUUCCUAGUCUGUGGCGCACCAUUAUGACCAUCAUGCAGUCAUUAACAAGUAACAGUCAUCUUUAACCAAUGGGUGGGCUUAUCCCUGCAAAAGGACAGUAUUGUGGAGAGGAGGUGGGGGCUGAAAUUUUGCAAUAACCUAUGUUGAAGAAUCAUAAUGAGAAAAUUAACUCCUAAUCUCUCUCAGUAUGAGAUAUGGCCAGAUAGCUUACAUUUUCAAUUUUGUAUAUUUUUCUCCCUGUAACAGAGCUGUUUGGAAAACAAUGUGUUAUAGCCCAGCAGAGCGGUUGAUAUACCAUAGAGCAGUCAAUCCAGUGAUAACACUUGAUUAGGCAUUUGUCCACUGCGCUGCUUUGACAGAAUAAAUGGGGCAGUUUCUUACAGGUUUCAACCAAUGCCCAACCCUGUCGCCCCUCUCCCAUUUCCUUCCCUGUAGUUUGCUGAUUCCUGCCAAUAUCCUUCUACGUAGAUACACAGGUUGGCCGUUCUUAAUGUGUGAACUCCGGCUCUGAGGUUGGGAGAACAAAAAGCUGGUUACUGUAUUCACCAUGUACUUAUACGUGCUUUGUGAAAAAACAAACAAGGCGAAUCCUCUGAGUAGCAGCCAGAAGGAGAAACUCUGCCCAACUUUGUUUUAAUCCCCCCUUCACCUAGUCCAGCGGCAUUGAGGCAUGAAGCAAUGCCUUCCUGGUCCUGUCUCAGUAAUGUGUUGGUCACAUCGACCAGGUCACUAAGCAAGGUUUGGUUCAUUAAACAGAAAGAUCGUGAUAUUGAACACCUUUAUAAACAUUGAAUCAAGAGGAACUAAAGUUGACAUUCUGAAAGGGUGAAUUAAAUGAACCAAACUAUCUUUAUCAUCCAAAUGUACCUGUUGGUUUUAAUGAAAACGAAAUGGAAGGAGACAGCUUAUUCUCAGUCAGGAACAUUUCUCUCUUCCACCACUCCCACCAAAGGCACUUUUGCUUUGAAGUUUGGUCGGCUCCUUUACAACUGGGGAAAUCCAAAUCAAUUUGUACAGAAAAUAUCGUAAGAUAUCAUUUAUUUGAACUGGUGUCAGAGUUCAGGAUACAGCUGUCUCUCUCUUUCUCUCUGUCACAAACUUCAAUUUGUGUUCUUUGCUAAAUACCGACCAAUUCCCCCAUCUUCCCAGCCGGUAUAUUGACUACUUCUGUGUAAGGCUUCACACAAACCUGCUCCUUAUCUCAAUCUAUCAGCAUAUCCUUCUGUUCCUUACUCCAAUUCGUACGUUCAUAACAUCUAUUCUGUUCACCUUCAAAAUACUCCACGUGAAAUUGAGUUUCACAUUUUAACCGUCCUCCGGAUGAAAAGGUUCCUCCCAAAGUUCAUUUUUAAUUCAAUAAUUUUGAAAAAUAUAUUUAUGAGAUCUAGAAUAUGACAUCACAGAAGUGGAAAUAUACUUUGCUGCAUCUGCCGCAUUGAUUUUUCUGUCAUUUUAAAUUGUGCCACCAGGAGAAAAGAGCUAUCUGUGAAACUACAGAUAUAAAUUGAUAUACUAUUGUACGCAUAUUGUCAGCCAUCACUUCUGUAAAGUUCUCUUUAUGUCAAUGUUCCGAUGCCUCCCUCUAUUUCAUUUAUACUACUCCUAUAUUGUUGAUUCAAAGUGAAAUGUGAGGACUUACGGUGAUGUCUACUUUUAAUCGCUUGGUCCUUUUAAGUCUCAUUCGUUCACAGCCUGACCCAAGGCUGUCCAAACUAAUACACAGUGCAAUAUGAAAUGCUGUUGUGGGAUAUUCGUAAUGUCAUUCUCCAGUGCAUGAGAAAGCGUAACAUUACGAAAGUAUCUGAUAUUUCAUGGAAUAGUGUGGACAAUGAAGUACAAGGAAUGAGGAACUCCUUCAGUGCUAAACUUUACCCUGAACUAGAAUGGCUCAUUGUCAGGCCAUAUGUGGCCUUGUGCAGAGGGAGUGAUAGAAUGAAGAGGCGGCCCAAAGCAGAGUCAAAGAGGGAGAUAUUUAAGAAGGUAGGGAGAGAGAGUUAGUGAGGUGAAGUAACCUUACGAUGAAAGCAAAUGUGAACUUUGGAUCAGCUCUAAGCCUUAAGUCUUGCACAAACUUGUGAGGGAAGCCCCUCGAGCCUGUUCUACUGUUGUUUGCAAUGGUUUAGCCAUAUCUUAACUCUGUUUAAUCAGCUUGAUUCUGUGAGCCUUAACACCCUUUGUUAAAGUGUUAAUGUUUGCAGGUGAUGGUUUUGAACCAGCUGAUGGUUUGUUCUUGCCAGGAGCAACAGGCAAUAGGACCAACAAAUCCUGUUCCCAGACCUGCGGUGAGAGCUUUGAUUGCGGUCAGUGUUAUAGUUUGUGGGAAGUGUUUAUGUACGUGGUGCUUAAGGAACGAGAUUUGUCACCAUGCCAAUCACCUCAGGGAUCGACAUUAUCACCACAGAGGGAUUCCUGGCAAGGAAAUCAUGCUAACCACUGUUCAGCCACCCAGUGCUCAGUGCAGGUGGCUGUAAACUCUCACCCUGAAUCGUUUGCUAUCAUGAAACUAUUUAACAUCCUAUACUUACAAUAGAACCAAGUCUUCCCCAAUAACAAUACAUUUUAUAUUGUUGGUGUCUUUAUUUUUCAAGUUACAGAUUUUAGGAACAGACAAAGACUGGGGACCUGCCUUGAAUGUUUGUCAUAUGUGCUACAAGCACUUUGGUCUCAUCGAACAGUACAGCUGAGUUCUCUCAUUGGUACAAAACCAACUUUCUCAAAAUGUGUCUCAUUUAUUUACCUGGAUGUCAGGUCAAGUUGACACUGUGUUGGACUGGAUGUAUUUGCAGAUUCUAUUGGCAAGACAUAAGAUUUGGGGAUGAAUAGGCGCUGUAAACCCUGGGUAUUGAGGUGAGGCAAUGGAUUAUAGGCUGAUCUGUUCCCCUCCUUCCAACCUGCUGAAGUGUAGAAGCCAGCAAAUACUCACUUUGGUAGGAUUUCUGAGUCCAAGCUUUUACAUUAAUUACUGUUGGUGUUGGCAGGACAAAGGAUCAUGCUGUCAGUCCUGAAGUCUUGGUUUGUUAGAGGGUCAGUGAUAUUCGCUGGAAACUAAGACAAUGGGGUCUUUGCCUCACCUAAGGUUGACAGCAUUCCAGGAUUCUCCAGGAGGUACAGGACAAUCUACAAGACACUGCUACUAUCAAAUCCAGGAGGACAUUCACAGGCGUGUUUCAGGAAUAAGUGAUGCCUCUAUUUGUCACCUUCAGUCUUCUUUACAUUUUGCUCAGUGUCAUUCAUUAGCUUUAUCUGUUGAAGAAGCUGCAGUCUUGCUGACAUGUGUACACUGGCAGGGAGCAUGCUGAAACAUUUGACACGUUUCUUCUACAUCUCCUUCUGGGGGAUUGAGUUAUUUUUCAAUAAUUAAUCAGUUUGACAUGAUUAAGCAAGUGAGGAACCAAGUUAUAUUCCAUUUGGUCUCGUAACUAAUCAGGACCAUUAAACGUUCAGCUUGGCCCUCGACUCAUGUUAUAAUUGUGAUCAACUUAGAUCUUGCAAUUAAAGUGAACCCCUAAAAUCUUACACCUCUGACUGUGAUGCUCCAUAAUUAAAAUUGCUACUAGUAAACUUAGUUUAAAAAGAAAUAUUAGACCUGAUGUUUAAGCAAUUGGUAUGUGUAGUUGAUUUUGCAUAAAAUCAGGUAGGUUCACCCAUCCAGCAGUGAGACAAUGUGUGUAUGUCAGACAGAGAGGUUGGUGGGACAUAAGCCAGAGUUGGUAACCCUGGCCCUUACUCUAGGCAGAAGCAAGGCUCCUGCAUCUAGUACAAGUGUUCAGCUUACAGUACAUAAAUAGAUUCUCCUGGGAGGUGUCAGAAUCCUAUUUACAAAGAGAGGUUUUGAAAACUGGGGUGCAUCAUUGUGGCAAAGUCCCCAAUCACUAUCCUCCUCUUGAGAUAUUGUCCAUAGGGGAAUGGAACACUUCCCUGUUUUUAUGUAUAUUAAUUAAGACAUUUAAAUACAUUGCUCGCUAACAUUUAAUAAGUUAGUUAAUAGAUAAGGCUGGUUCAGUUAAAGUCAUUUUUGCUGCAACCAUUUACCUUAAACUCUUUCUUAAAAAGGUUGAGAACUUUGGAUGUUAUGUUGUUAGUAAUAAUAGCUCAAGAUGUGCUUUCUUCCAAAUAAUGUUAUGAAUAUUAUAUUGUUGAUGAGGUUAGAUGGAUGAUAAGAAUUGAACUUAAAUUAUAACAUGAUAUAUCAUGAAGAAAAGCGGGAUAAUGCUAAUCAUUUUCCAUUAAUCUUAAAGCAUUGGUUUGUGUUUGGCUAGUAAUGAGAAUGCAAGGCUUGAUAGAAAUUAAUGGGGGGCCUGAAAGGAAUCCGAAGGAAAUCUGGUCAAGUUAAGGAGCUGCCUUGGGAUGUUACAUUUGGCCUCUCCCCUAGGAUUCCUAGCCACUUUGGGUGAACUCCUGCAGGAAGGCGGAGGUGAGGUUAAGAUUUUACUCAGGAAUGUCCACUGCAGUCGGAUAGCCGGCUGGAUUAAAUGUGAGAAAACCCCCAAUUGUAAGAGAGCCAGCAGACCACCCCGAAUCCCAUGGGAUUAUCCCCCUUUUCAACCCCAAAAGGAAACCAUGACUGAUAAAGAGGAAUGUACAGGGCUCAGCCAGGAAUGGACAUAUGAUUGAUACAGCCCAGGGUUGCGUAGCAGCCCUUACUGGUUCAUUUCAUUGCACUGGUCUCCUUUUGAGAGACAGACCACAGGAUAAAAGCUAGUACAGUAUAGCAGGCUGCACUCUUUAUACAAAUGUUGUGUUUGCUUCGCUAGAUGAUGAUAAGGAGAAAGAGGAGAGUGACAAAUUUCAAUGUACUAUUGCAUUACGAAUGUAAAGAAAAUAUUUUAAACUCAGUACCAAUGUGCCAGUUAAGGUUUGUUUAGACAAGGGGUAUUUGAUGUGUAGCAUGAAUUAUGAAUGCUUUGAUAAAGUGAGAUUGUUUAAGCAAAGAAAGUUCAGAGGAGAUUUGAUCAAUGCAGGGUACGGAUUUAACGUCAUCAUUUAAAGAUUAUGAGAAUAUUUUUGAAGAUGUUUAUUGACUUAGGAAACUCCACUUCCAGAAUUUACAUUUGCUUUUAAAAUGGAAGUGGACAAAUAUUUUGUUUUCGAAGGGUAUAGGGAGAGGACAGCAGAAUGUGACAGAGUGGACUGCUCCUCUAGAGAACCGCACGCCCCACAUUGAUGCAGUGUCCCUUCUCCUGUGCUGGAAGUAUAAGGGGCCAAACAGUAACUCUCCCCACACACCCCCAAUUCCGAUCCUGUCACAAAUCCCAGAGUCACCUGAUUUUGUGCUGCUUAAAUGUUGCCCUGAUCCCCCUGUCACCGAUAGGCUUGCUGAUGAAAGUCCACAUGAAUCUUUGAAGGCUGUUCGAGGGGCCAGGGCAUCAGGGAACUGGAGGAACUAAAGAAUUGAAAAGAGCAUGGGAACCGUCGUAACCCUGCUGUGACCUACCAUCCAGAAGCAAAUAGGGACGGUAGGAUUGUACACACUGACUGGGAGGCUCAGCAGUGUAACUCUGCCCACGCCCCAGACUAUAUGAAAACUGAGGCCAAACGUAGCACCCCAACUCCAGACCUGAGGUUUGCUUGCUCAUUCCUCUGUUGCAGUACCAAUUUGGUGAAUAACCCAGUGGCAGCAGGUGAAAAGCAGGUUUUGUUCUCUAAAGUUCUUAUUUCUAAACUGUUGGAUUCUAAGGGCCCCAAUUCAAGCUGCAUUUGAGAGAGCGUUACUGACCAGUAGCAUUUGAACAGUGAAGCUGUGAACAUAACUAUGCUGAAUACUGGUCAGACCCCGUGAACUGGGACAGGAGCUGGGGCAGGGGGAGAAGUGGGCGAUAAGGGAAAGGAAACAAAAUGAGAUGAGGAGUGGGAAUGAGGGCCCUCUUUCUCCCGUCAUUGAUGUUUGGAACGCCUGGAUUCUCAUUUCAGUCAUUCUGCAUAAUUAAGAUCAUGUUUACAUGUUUUUAUAUAUAUAUAUAUAUAUAUGAAUAUAUACAUACAUAUAAAAUACAAACAAGUACCUUCAUAAUGUAUUGGGGCCCUCGUCAUUGUACAAGAUGUUGAUGUUCUUUGUUUAAGAUGUCUUCUACAAAGGAAGCAUGUGAACUCUGGGGUGACCCCUGAUCAAAAGCAGAGAGUAAAUAUAAAGAUUUGUUGCAGGUCUGUGUUGAUGCAGAGUCUGCUUUAGGUGAAUAAUUUAGUUUAAAAUCAUGGCAGACCAGUACUUUAAAUAAUUUGAACAGAAUUAUAGAAACAAGAGUGAGCCGUGAACUGUAAUUUUGCUUCAGUGCAGUGGGUCAGGAUAGUGUUAUUCAUCUGACUGUACUUGCAGAGAAGCCUGUUUUAAUGGUCACUUGGAGCCUGAACUACAUCCAUCUGAGUUAGCCAGUUAUCAUCCAUUACAGAGGGAGGCCAUUCAGCCAGCUCUUUUGAAAACCCCACACUUAUGCUGGAGUUUUACCCUAAAAAGUAUGAUUCUUUCCAGUGUCUUCCAAGUAUUUUUCCAGUUUCCUCUUGAAAAUUAGUGAAUCUGCUUCAAGAUUUUAAUAAUCCGUUCCAUUUUUGUUUUAAAUCUCUUUCUCUUUGCUUAUUUUGCUCAUAAUCUCUGCAGUCUCUGGUUUGUAUAGUCUGCCUGUCCAGUUCCUUGUGCACCCUGGAAACUGGAGCUGAAAAGUAUUUUGGGAAGUUGGGAAAAAAAAAUGUGAGGUCCAGCUAACUGGUGAUUUUUAGAAGGUCCUGGUGCAAGUUGAAAUCCUUCCAUCUGCCAGAGGUGAUGAGGGAAUGGAGCCUCAGACCUUUUGCAGAGUUCAGGGUCCAUUGACAUCUGCUGAUGGCUGAGUCAUCCAGUUCUGAAAAGGCUGCGUCUGUCACACAACUCCCUUGGCCGCAGUGCAGAAUGGUCUCUGUUGAUGUUGCCUUUGCCAGGCUGGGAUCUGCUUCUGAACUUCCUCCCCAUAUCUGAAGCCACUGUUUGCAUCCAUCCAUCAGCUAGAGAGUGUGUCUUACCAGUUGUCACUGGUUCCCUCUGGCCUAGUUUAAUCCAAGAAUAAUGCUCUGGGUGCAAGUGAGCAUCGUCAUGUCUAUCUCUCCCACUCCCGACCCCCACCCUCGCCUUCCUAUUUCUACCCUGUCUCUCUUUUCCCUAUUCCCCUGGCCUGGAUUCUGGCUGAACAGUCCAGUAAUGGAUUCAUCCUACUGCAAAGAUCACCAUUUUAAGUUCAACCACACAGGUGUCCAUUUGAUGCAGGUUUGCCUGUAAGUUCUAUAUGUAUUAAUGGGAGAGUUUUGCAAACAAGUGUAUUUUGUUGAAACAGAGGCUCUAAUCUCCAAUUUUGCUGGUUUUAUUCUGUAGGCACGUUCCAUUAAGAAGCUUCUCUUUCAGUUUAAUAAAAGUGUUGUUUUCUGUG